AUGAAUACACGAUCAACUCUGAAGCGACCCUUUCAGCAGGACACUAGCGAGCUACCUCGCCCGGCCAAAAGGCCUCGCAGGGCAGCCGGGGUGGAGUCGAAUUCUAUCCAGGUGCAGCUUUUAAGACUGGUCCCUGAAGACCUUCAACACCAGUAUGAAGUCAUUCAACUUCUUCAUGAGGCGAGCAAGACUCGCCUGGCUGCUGGCACACAGUGGUAUAAAGAUGGAUGGUAUGAAGAGGAGCAUGGAUACUUGGUGGAAAGGGAGAGAGAACUUGACAUCUUGGAAAUGGGGAUCAAGACCAGAGAAGGCUUUCAGAAGGGGAAGGAUAAGAUCGCUGAGCUGGACAGAGAGGAGAGGAAGAUCAGGGUGGAGAGGGAGAAGAUCCAGAGGGAGUUUGACGACCUAGCGGUUCAAGCUAGGUCUCUUGAUAUACCCUUCUUGGUGAAGCUCGCUGGAGGAUUUUGUGGUGGAAGCAGUGGCGUGGAGCUAGCUAUGGAUAAGGGAGAGGAGGUGGUGGUGGUGGAGUAG